UCAAUCCAUCAUGCGGGGCGAUUUUAUUGCGGAGCCUCAUGGAGUGGGGUCUCUUCGCCUGCGGCCUGCCUUCACUCCAUCCUGGCUUCGACUUCAGCACCCUCCGGCCUGCUGCGGAACGCGCGCACAGUCACGACAAUGUCUUCCGAGCAGCGUCUCUACACCUUCUCGCCCGAGACGAAGCAGCAGCUGCGCAAAUUCCGGCUGGCCACAUCGAGAGCCAAAGAUCCCCAAGCGAUGAUAUACCAGAUAGACAAAAAGACUCUCGAAAUCUCGCAGUCGGACGAUGAAGUCUACACUGCCAUGGCGGAGCUCGCAGACGAACUGCCCGACAACUCGCCGCGAUUUGUCUUGCUGAGCUAUCCCUUGACCAUGAACUCUGGCCGACUCGCGGUUCCGUAUGUCAUGUUGAACUACCUCCCGCCAACCUGUUCCCAAGAAAUGCGUAUGCUGUACGCCGGGGCCAAAGAGCUGCUUCGAAGCGAGUCGGAAGUCGGACGGAUCAUAGAGAUUGAUUCCACGGACGAUUUGGAGAGCAUCGAAGGGCGACUGAAGGGGGAGGAGUGAUUGCCUAUCACCCAUGAUUCCACUACGCCAUUGAAUGCAUGUAACAGUGCUAGACAACAGAGAAUGGUAAAAUAUCUAACGAGGAAUUGACGAUGAAGC